GUGGUGGUGCGGUACAACAGCAUGAUUGUUCCCUUCUUCUUCAGCUUCUCCUUCAGUCGUGGAGGAGUGGAGUUGGGAGCCAGGACACUGCACAUACUUCGCAGAUCCUUUUCUCUUCAUUGAUCUUCACACUCGGGUGAAGACAGAAGUAGAGGUUUGGAUGCAGGUUGUAUGUUGGCUGCUGUGCCUUGGCACGGCGGGCGCACUUGCCGUGCUGCAGAAGGACCAGGUGGCCCAGCACGCCAUCAAGCUUUAUCGAGGCAAAGGGGCCACGCACGGCCACAGCUGGGUGACCAGCAACUGCAAGCGGCUGGUGGGUCUCCUGCGUCAGAAGAAUGUGGUCGUCAGGAAGCUGGCUGCCGCUGCUGACGCUGUUAGACGAGACCGGGCCCUAUCAGAACCAGAGAGGCUGUUUCAGGUUCAUACUCUGGAGGUCAUCCAGAAGGAGCUGAAUGAGAGCGAGCACCUGGUGUUCCAGGCGGUGCACGGCCUGCAGAGGGUGCUGCAGGGAGACUACAGGGACGUGGUCAACAUGAAGGAGAGCAGCAGACAGAGGCUGGAGGCCCUCAGGGAGGCUGCCAUAAAGGAGGAGCAGGAGUACGUGGAGCUGGUGGCUGCUGAGAAGCACCAGCAGGAAGCUCUUAAGAGCGCUUUAGCCCAGAAUAAGACUCUGUCCAUGCUGGAUGAGAUCCUGGAGGACGUCAGGAAGGCAGCAGACCGGCUGGAAGAGGAAAUCGAAGAGCACGCCUUUGACAACAACAAACAGAUGAAAGGAGUAAAUGUUGAGGCCGUGUUGAGAGUGGAGGAUGACGAGGAGAACGGAGGGAAGAGGAAGAACAAGUCCAAGCAGAAGGAAGUGGAGGAUGACCUGGGGCUGAGCAUGCUCAUCGACUCCCAGAACAACCAGUAUGUCCUGACCAAACCACGAGACUCCACCAUGCCAAGAGCAGACCAUCACUUCAUCAAGGAUUUGGUGUCAGUGGUGAUGCUGUCGCUGCCUUGUGGUUGGAUUUGCAGUCUGGUCGGACUUCCUCCCAUGUUUGGAUACAUCAUCUGUGGGGUCCUGUUAGGUCCCUCUGGCCUCAACAGCAUCAAGUCUAUGGUCCAGGUGGAGACUCUGGGGGAGUUGGGUGUGUUCUUCACCCUCUUUCUGGUGGGAUUGGAGUUCUCACCUGAGCGACUCCGAAAGGUAUGGAAGACAUCAGUCCAGGGCUCGUGUUACCUCAGUCUGCUGAUGGUGGGAGCUGGUUUGUUGUGGGGACAAGUCCUGCGGAUUCGACCCACUCAGACAGUCUUCAUCUCCACCUGUCUUUCUCUGUCCAGCACGCCACUCGUGUCCCGCUUCCUGGCGGGGGGGAGCAGAGGGGACAAAGAAGGUGAUCUGGACUACAGCAGCGUUCUCCUCGGGAUGUUAGUGAUGCAAGAUGUUCAGCUCGGCCUCUUUAUCGCCGUCAUGCCUACUCUGAUCCAGGCACAGAGCGGAGACUUGGACAGCUUCCUGUUUGGAAGUCUCCGUGUGCUUGGCCUCCUGGCCCAGGUCCUGGUCUCUCUGGCUGCUGUGCUGCUGCUGUGUUUGUUACUCAAAUCAUUCCUGAUUGGCCCUUAUUACAAGAAACUGCAUGCUGAGAGCAAAGGCAACAAGGAGAUCCUGGUGCUGGGGAUGGCAGCCUUUGUCUUUUUCAUGCUGACGGUGACAGAGUUUUUGGAUGUUUCUAUGGAGUUGGGUUGUUUCCUGGCUGGAGCGCUGCUGUCCACACAGGGUCACAUAGUGACCACAGAGGUCAUGGGAUGCAUCGAGCCGAUCAGAGAUUUCCUCGCCAUCAUCUUCUUUGCCUCUAUCGGUCUCCAUGUGUUCCCGACCUUCGUGCUGUAUGAACUCACCAUUCUGCUGGUGCUCACGCUCACACUCGUCAUUAUGAAGUUCGUGAUGGCUGUACUGGUGCUCUCCGCCAUCCUGCCUCCAAGUUCUCGUCACAUACGGUGGAUCGUCUCAGCUGGUCUUGCUCAGGUCAGCGAAUUUUCCUUCGUCCUGGGCAGCCGUGCACGUCGGGCCGGCAUCAUCUCCAGAGAGGUGUACCUGCUGGUCCUCAGCGUCACCACCCUCAGUCUGCUGCUGGCGCCGCUGCUGUGGAAAGUCACCACACACAAAUGGGUUCCCCGGGCCGAACGCAAAACAAUCACAUGACCCAAGCCCACCUCCAGGGCCAAAGGGUUCCUGUGUUACUCAUACUACAAAGCUAAGCUGACAGUGAGAAGCACGAGGAGUUAAGUCUUAUUCUGAAAAGGUUGGACCAAAUCUUCCACUUCCUCUUGAUUUAACAGUCAGCUGUUUCUCCACGUCAAGAACAUAAAACCUGGCCUCACACUCUUCAUUAAGGCACGACAUGAUCUGGGACUUUAAAGAAUCAUUGAUAGGAAGCACACCUGCUUGACUGUUCAGCGGAAAAGCACAAGUACUUGACGUCCUUUAAUGCACUCUUUAAUUCUCCUGCAUUAUGAAGAAAAAUCAAACUUUCCCUUUCCACUCUCUGUAUGAGUGAAAGUCUUCCUCUUUAUCCAAUCAUCGUCAGUUUUUUCUGCACUUUUCGACCCCAAGUUUUUUCUUAUUCCUUGUAUAAAGGACCAAAUCUGAAGGUUGAAAUAUGUUAAUUUCACAUGUUGUCUCUUCUUUUAUGUGUGAGUAAAAUGUUAGUUUUCGUUUAAAGGGAAAACAUUUUGUAUAAUUUAUUAUUCCUCGAUUUUUUUUUCUUACAAUUGACCGUCUCAUGUGACUGUUACUGACUUUUAUGUUGUUUCAAAUAACAGAUUGAAUUCCUUACUGAAGUGCAAACCUUUCCAUCUGCUGUUUUUAAUAGAUGGUAAUUGUAUUAAAGCUGAUUGUGUGCUCAUUGUACUACUGUGAAUUUAGCUGUGAAGACCCUCCUAAAACUACAAUAACUCCUUUUUAAAAGACUAUUACCGUCUUUUAUUCCUUAAUUUUUGGGCUCUGCAUUUUCUUCAAAUGUAUGUAAACUUUGGUGUAACACACAAUAGUGAAAAGUAAGAAAUGGAGAUAAUGAAAUAUUAGAUAGCAGCUCACAAGAAGAAAAAAAAGCUCAUCAGAAUUUACUGAUGUUACAUUUAAAGAAAAAACCCUGCACUAGUUACCAUUGAAUGUCAAACUUAUGUGCCUCCUGAACAUUGCUCUGCACUGAAAGCGAGCUCCUUUGUGGCAUCUCCUGCUGUAAACGUCUUACAUUUCAUACUGUGCAAUGUGUGCGUGUAUAUAUGUAUGGGGUGCAUACAUGUUAUAUUCUGUUUUAUGUUUAACAUUUUCUUGCAGUGUGUCAACACAGAGGGGGUAUGUUUUUUUCUUCACUGUCCAGUUUACAGGCUCGUGUUGGUGGCUGAUGCCGAUGAAAUGCUGUUUUCAUGAAAAUGUUCAUAUAUUUUCACAUUGUUGAAUUCAUCCAUUUAUUUAUUAAAAAUAAGAUGAC